AAAUUGCGUGUCGCCAUAGUUUUCUGCUUAUUCUGUGAUCUCUCGUCCUAUCGAUCGUGCAUGUUUAUCUGUUCGAUGUCUAAAUUGUUCGUCGAGAUUCAACUUCCACUCUUUCCUUACUGUUUGAUUUUGGGCUUACCAUCAGGAAUCUAUUGCGCAUAUGUAACGAAUUGAAGCAAUAAUCUGAAAUAAGGCAAAUCUUACGUUUUGUUGGACAUAUUGAUUGCUAGGUUUCGCAGUUCUCAAAGUGAGUCCUUAUUUUGGCCAACCUAUUGUUUCUCAACAUAUGUGGAGUUUAGGGUUUUUGGUUAGCCAUGGAUAAGUGCAUAGAUUAGAUUUUAGUGUAAGAUUCAAAACUAUUAUUCAUAAAUGUGUUAAAGUCAUAUCUACCUAGUAACUUUCUAAAAUAACUGAUCCAAUGAAUUAUUUAAUAGUCAUGCACAUAAAAAAACUGAAGCAAUCAUUCUUACACAUUGACAUGAAGUAGUUAGUUGAUACUUGAAGGUGUUUCAUCCUUGCAUAAAACAACAUUCAUUACAAUUAACUUUUUUUUUUUUUUUUUGCAUAUUAACUAGAGCUCUCGAGUUUGUUAAUUUAUUGUUCUCUUUUGGAAUGGAAUGGGAAUACCCUUUCUCAAAGUACAUCAAAAUAUUAGGAUUUGAAGAGUAUAAUAAGACCUGCAUGGACUUUCCCUUUUUAUAUUGUUCUCAUUUUAGCUAAGUUCGAUGUUAAAAUGUAUAUCUGUUUCCAAACGAUAGGAAUUAUCUAGCUAAAGUAGAUGGGCUAGUAGGCUUCUUAUGUUUUCUUUUUCCCUCGUAGCUUCUUACCUGAGAUAUUUGAAUAAUCUAUUGCUUGGCAUGGAAAUUGGCUUGGCAUGGAAAUGAAUCUAACACAUUCAACCAAACAUUAUAUUAGCUUGCUUAUAGUAGAGCUAGUGGAAGCAAACAUAACUGUUCAAAAAAAGCUACCUUUGUUUGGCAUUCAAUUGUCCGUUGAGGAUGGGGUUGAAAACAUGAAAAAAAAAUAGUUAAAGCAACAACCUUCGAUGAAGUAGUUCGCCAUAAAGAUGUCUGUUGGUCAACCUCAAUUGCUGAAGGAUGAGGAAUGGAGACCUCCUAUGAUUGAAGUCUUUCAACGAAGAAGCAGUAGUCUUUAGCGGUCGGUGUCCUCUGUAGAAGACGCCAAUGAAGAAGAUGCCAAAGGAGGGAUGCCAACAAUGAAGUCGUCUACUGUGACGAAGGAAGCAAGGGAAAGGGAGGUUCUCAGAUGGAUGGCGAAUCCCAGGACUUCUCCCUUGAAUCACCAUUGUCUCAAGAACAUUCACCACGAAACCAAAGUUUAUUUCCUUAUCAAGCCCAGCAGGAGUUCGAUGCUUGAUAUGCAGAAGAACUUUUUCUUUGGAGGCAGAUGUAAAUGAUGGUUUUGAAGCAAUACAUAUUUGUAGAGAGUGUAAAAUUAUGAUCCUUGAUGAUACUCAGACAAAUUUGAACAUAAGAGAUAUUCACCGACUAAGGCGGCAAAGCAGAGAUAGGUUUAGAAGUCUAGAAUCAAUGGAGGAUUCAUUCUCUCGCAGAUUUUCACAACUGAUUAAUUUGGCAACCCAUAAUGAUGAUGAAACACAAGUUGGAGGCAGUGGUACUCCUCUUACUUCUCAUCGACAUGUGAGCUAUUAUGCAGCUCGAAGCAGGUCCAAGAGACAAAUUACAUUAUUUGAUAAUGGCAGUGAUGUUCUUGAGCAAUCAAACUCCAUGUUUGGACAAUCUGACUCAAACUUUAAGUUUUGGUAGUUAUGGUGGAGACUCAGACCUCUAUGGAUCAUCAUAGUUUAUUUGACAGACUUAUUUUUGCAACUUGAGAAUGGAAGCUCUGCUUCUGGUGACAUAGACAUCGACCCAAUGCAUGCAGGACUGGAUCAGUGGAACUCUGAUAACCAAGUCGAAGAAGAUAGAGAUUGGGAAGAGGCUAUUUGGGAAGGGAACAGAUCGGUUGACAUCACAGGAGUUGCUCAAGCACAAUAUGCUGAUGAUUUUGCUGACUUCAAAGAGUCAAAGUUUCGAAUAACUUACAUUGGGAAUCCAGAAGACUAUGUCGAUGCAAGGGGGUUUGAUGAACUACUCGAGCAGCUUGCAGAGGCCGAUAGCUCAAGAAGAGGUGCAGCUCCUGCAGCUGCAUCGAUUGUGAGAUAUCUCCCAUCUGUAGUCAUUGCAAAUGAACAUGAGAUUUGUGCAGUCUGCAAGGAUCCAUUGGUUGUUCAUACAAAAGCAAAGGAGCUUCCCUGCAACCACCUAUACCAUCCUUUCUGCAUCUUGCCAUGGUUAAAGGUGAGGAACUCAUGCCCGGUUUGCAGGCAUGAGCUUCCAACCGAUGAUCCAGAGUACGAAGAGGGGACUGAGGAAGCUCAUGACUUCAACGAUGCAAGGACUGAGCCAGGUAGUGUGGAGGAGCACCGUCAGGUGCCAACUCAAUCGAGGGGUGGAGGUAAUGGAGUCUGCUGGUUGUUUUUAGCUGCGGUUCCAAUUAUUUGUAUCAUCAGAAUCACUCUUGCUUCCUUGUUGAAAAAACCUACCGGCGAUGUACAAAUCCCGAGCAAUGUUAGGGAACAGCACCCAAUCACUGUGGGCAUAAAUAGGAGGUGGUGGUGGUCUUUCUUUUAAUUCCAUUCCUCUCUUUCUCUUGUUCAAGUUUGUGGUCAAGUUUGUGGUCUUUCUUCCCCUUUUAUUGUGACAUCGAUUUAAUGAUAUAAGUUUCAGACUUUA